CGAACGAUACGUGCAAAUCUCUGCUGGCGUCCUUAUUGAUUUAGAAAGUUUGAAUCAGCGAAUGUCAUCUGAUUUAUCCUGGCUUCGGAGUCCUACAGAACUGACACUAAUUGUUCGGAAGUUAACUUUGCAAUAUUUAAUGCUUACGAAGUUGCCAUUUUUUAUCGGAAACCUUGUGCCAGAACAAUUUUCUUCCUGCAAGCAUCGUGCUAUCUGUCUCACGUAAGAUAGCAAAACACGGCCGUUUGGGUCUGCCCUUUCGCAUCCAAUCUGUGGUGACCAAAAACUAAUAAUACGUGCAAAACAAGAGACACAAACAAUUUAUGAAUCUCUCGGAAAACGUUGCUCCGCUCCCGGCGCCCAAAAGGAGUUGUACACCCACUAAACGCAAAAAUUUAUCGGCACCCCCACAGAAACGACGGCGCCAUGACGACACUUCGAAGAGGGGCCAAGUCAAAAAGAAGAAAAGGACCAAUAGAAAAUGUAACAAGGUAAAGCGUGUGAGUAAUUCCAAAGCGCUCGCUGUCCGCAGCCGUGGAAAGCAAGCCACUCACCGAACCAACAAGCAACCCGAUGGCAAGAGGCAUGGCGGGAAGCCCGCACGUCGGUUGAGCAGUGGAAAAGCCAUCAUUCACCACUCAAAAAUAAAGACUGGAGAAAAUUCUACUUCCGGUCAUCUGGGAUGUAUGGAGAACAAUUCCACAUCCGCUGGUGAGAAGAAAUAUGGUUCAGUGCCCGAUCAUCUCAUAAACAGUAGUCAGGUUGAGGUUAAGGAAAAUGGAUUGCCUUCUCCACAAACACCCUCACAACAACGACAGCUGCAGGAAAAUUGUACAGGGCAUAGUUUGAAAGUCCCAGCAAUUGUCAAAUACUUUGUAAGAAAUCACAUGCAUAAGGAUUGUUCCCCUGGUAACCAUCAUAAGAAGAACACGAAGGAUGCUUGUCGUUGUCUUGGUGACACCACUUUUGGUAGUAAUUUGUCACCAGCUACCAGCUCGCAGGCGCCCACCUCUGACUUGAUAACCGACAGUAUGCUCUUGACAGACGCCAGCCCACUCUUCGUAGGUUCGUUUCGAGCCAACAUCCCUUCAGAAAUAGCUUCGAUUGUCCGUUUCGCUACCUCAAGUGUCCGACACUUAUGCAGAAUUCGUGCAUCGAGAAGAGUGCCUGGAAGCCAGACUUCGGAUCAGACUGUUUUGGACAACUCCCAAAACGUCCUGGAUUGAUUGCAAGCAACCACUGGAAUUAAGAAACUAAAUCUGUAAGGUUCAUGUUAAACAUCUCCGUGGAGAUACAACUCGGUGCCGAGAAAGUAGGUCAUCCCUAUCCUGUGUUCACCAAACUUUGGAGUGUGAUAGAUUCACAAGCAAAAUGUGACAUUUUUUGGACUGCACACCCCUUCAAACGCAAGACCAUCUUCCUAGACAAAGAUGUGAUACUUGUGAAUAUAAGCCUGUUGCCACCAAUUUGUUGGGUACCCAGAUUCCCUUUUUAAACGCAAUGACAUCGCAACUUUACAGCUUGCCUGAAAUCCAUGCUAAAGAAACUUCUACACAGAGUAAUAUCGUCUCCAAUGGAUCUCUAAUAAUACAGUAGCAAGCAAAGUAA